AGAUUUAGGUUCUUUAAAUGAAGGAUUUGUUGAGGCUGAAAAACAUGCAAUGCUUGAAGAGUUUAUGGAACUUGUUAAGAAAAAGUCCAUGUGUCUGAAUAUAUAAUGGAUUUUAUAUAAUGGCUGUUAUGGUUGUACAGCCAACCUUAGGGCAGAAGUUGGCUGUUCAACUGUAACUCAUCCUCCCAGGGCAGACGAUGUCCUGCCAAGGCAUCUUGGAGUAGUUUCAGGCCUGUGGCAUCACCUAGCUUCCACAUACACUCACACACACACACACACACACACACACACACACACCCACACACAAGGAAACAGAUCGUAUCACUGAGCAAGGCAAGGAUAUACUGUGACCAAGGGCAAAUGCGACCUGCAUGUUGAUUCUGAUUCUGAAAUGUCACUUCACAAGGAAAGCUGUAUGUAAAAGAUAAGAGUCAGUAUAUUCCUGAUGUAUGACCAUUUGUUUUAACUCUUUCUAUUAAAGAAUCAUUCUGGCCUAGUGCAUAUCAUAGGUAAAUAAAAACAUCAUGAGUAGCUUCAGCUGGUAGGUUUUAUCUGCCCAAGUAGAAUAUAAAAUUACAUUAUUUACAGAAGGGUCCAAAUAUGACUAGAAUGCAAUUAGGAUAUAAUUUGUAUAUUUUCCAGGGUAUUUAUUAUUAUUAUUUUUAUAAAGUGCAUUUCACAAAUGUUAUUUUUAGAUCUAACUUAUACAAUAUACAUAGCACUCCUUUUAAUGACUGCCUGUGCUAUCAUUUAGAAACUUUCACAGCUGUAACGGUAGUAGCAAUCACACUGUCCUAUAUAUGUAUUGUCAGUUUGGAUUGAAACAACUGUCACACCAAAACCAAUUAAACAUUCAUAUCACAACUAACACACUUAUUGCGGGCGGCAUAGCAUUGGUACGACAAUAACAAUAAAUUAGGAAAAUAAACCUUGAUAAAUACAUGCUCAACAGAUGUUUCUGCCAUUAUAUGAGCAUUUGUGCAGUGUGAUAAACACAAAGACCACAAAAAACACAAAGAGGCGCUUUGAUGUGACAACUGUCAUCCCUAUCAUCAGUUGAUGUUUUAGGAAUACCAAUUAUCUGUGACAUGAUUUUCACACCAGAUGAAACAAGUGAAAUCGUUUUAAUAAUAAAUAGAAAAUGGAGAUAUAUACUAUAGUCUAUUACUGCAAAUGAUGACUCAGUCUUGAAAUAACCAAGGUAACAUAACCUACUCCUCGGUCCAAAAACUGAGGGCAGCAUUUACCUCUAUGAAGUAUCCAAUAGCUUUUUUUUUUUUUUUUUUUUUAUUUCUUUAAUAUACACAGUGUGUUUAUUGCUGCAGUAUCUUAAACACAAGUAACCUUGUUGAAGCAGGACAGCCCAUCGGUGUAGGAGGUUAUUUAUAAUCUAAAUUACUUUCACCAGCUGCUAUGAUAGCUGUGCCUUAUGUCUUCAUUGUGUGCCACUGAAAAUCUAAAUUAACCAUAUCUCUCCUCGGAUCUAUGAAGACAUACAGACAGACAGAAACUACAAGAGAAGACAAAGAAGCUUCUCUCAAACUGUCUGGAUGGCACUUUCUAGAAUGCAGAAGACCAUCCAGAGGUGGAAAGUAACCAAGUACAUUUGAUCAAAAAUUAUGUGGUACAAUUUUGAGAACUUGUAGUAUUUUGUUGUUUUUUUAUUUUUAUUUUUAUUUUUAUGUUGAGACUCCACUACAUUGAUUUGACAUGAAGUUACUGGUUAUUUUGUGAGCUCAUGAAAGGUGACUUGUACAGUAUUUGAUGUAGUUAUAACUUAUUGAUACUAUUUGGGUCAGCUAAAAUAUUUAAAUAUGCAUUACUGUGUCAAUAAUUUAUUCUAAAAGGGUCGGUUUCUCACUUUCGACACUUAAAAGCAUUUCCCCCCUAUAUACUUCAAUUAAAAUGUGAGUUCAGGACUUAUUUGAUGGGUAUAGUUUUAACAAUGUAGUAUUACAUUUAUUAUAUUAUUAUAGGGUAUUUUUCAAUGACUGAUUCCAUCAGAGAGGAAAAGGUGAGUGUUAAUUUUCGCUCACACUACAGGGGCUGAGUGUAGCACUUCCGCCCUCUCUUGUGUGAUACACCUGAACGUUGUUGCCAGGCAGCCAAUUACCUAGCGACCAGGCCUCAGCUAGAGUGUCUCACCUGCAGCAACGGGCCGGCCAACUCUGGUGUCAGUCAUAGGGGCCAGCCAACUGCACGGUAAACUUUCUCUCGGUGAAUACUAACAAACCCACUGGGCUCCAUGGGUAACAGCAGCUUCAGCUUUACAGGGCUAAACCGAGCUGUUCACAAUGUGUUGAUAAAAAAGGCCAGGAGAAUUUAUCACAAGAAGAUUGGGACAUGUCAGAGAGUUCUUCAGGUGUGAACACUCUCAGUGGCAGCUUCCCCAAAUCCCACUCGUCCCAGUGCUCUGACCGUGGUGUUACACACACACCUCUCUUUGUGGACCACAGUCCUGAUUCUGGACUAGUAUCUACACCUCUUCCAUCAAAUCGGUUCCGAUUUGUGUCUUGGCAUCGCCUGGAGCAUUGUGAUGUCACAGGUGACCAGCUGACCUGCCCCAGAGUGAGAGAAGGGCCAUCAGAAGAGGAGCUCUUUCAAAGAGAGGGGGAUGACUGCUGUUUGGAGCAGGGGAGGAGGAGAAGGAGAGAGGAGGAAGGACAGAGAUGGGAGGAGAGACUGCAAGAAAAUUGGGAAAACUGUCUGGAGUUAAAUCUGUCCUACCAGGACUUGGGUGAUCCUUUCCAGAAAGAGAAUUUCCUCCGGAUCCUCCGCCGGUUGAUCCGUGUGGAGAAACUACAACUGGUUGACAACUCUCUCACCAACCUGAGUUCUGUACGUCUGCCAAGGUGCAGAAUUCUAAAUCUGCACCGUAACCACCUGGUGUGUCUGCGUCAGCUGCCAAAGCUCCCAGCAGUGGAGCACCUUUGUCUGUCUGAGAACGCCAUUGGCUCCCUGAGGGGACUGGGAACUCUGGAGAACAGCUCGCUGCGCUCCCUAAACCUGACUCACAACCCAGUGACCUUCACUCAGGACUACCGUGCACAUGUUUUCUCCUGUUUGCCAAAGCUUGAGGUCCUGGAUGGAAUCCCUAAGUUGCCAGAAGACUCUCUGCCCACCAGACUACAGUUCCCAGAAACCACCAGGAUGUGCAACAUUUUGUGACAUUCUUCCAUGGAUGGAUGUGUACUGACUCAGAUCUCCCAAUCCUGUUUGCAGAACUUACUGAAGUGAUGGCGAAGGCUUCAGCAAAGUACUCCACACUUUGAAAUUGCACUGAGGGUUUCACUGAUCUCUUCAGCGGAAAGCCAACUGGCAGUCAGUCACUAACACAAACUGUCUCACAACUGUAGCUCAAAAUCAGGUUUUAGGCCACACUGAAAAUACUGUCAGAGACACUGUAAUGGUAAUGUGCUUGAACGCCACGUAAAAUGCUGUUUAAAUAAAACAAUAUAUUCAUAUUUUUUUAAACUUAGAUUUUUUUAUGUAUUCGGAAUUUGGAUAAUAAAUCGAAAAU